CUCCGCCCUCUCCCAAACCAAGACCGCUCAUCCCUCAACCUGUAAGACCCCACUUCAGUCUUCUGUGCGUGACUUCAUCUGUCUACCAUCCCUUCAUCCGAGGCUAUGAGAGGAGGAGUCGAAUCCCAGAUCACUCCAUCAUGCCAGUUCUGAAGAGUAGAGAGGAGAUCCGGGCUGGCAAUGUUCAAGGGACGGCUUUUACACUCCUCCACAAUGCUUGUCAGCCUCUACCCUUCUCCCUCCCGUCUUCAGGACAAGCGCUUUGUCUUCCCCUCCUCCUCCCCCCAUCCUCCUCCUCCUCCUCCUCCAGACCAGCCCUGUCAUCAUACUUAUCCUCAGUCUCGGCUGACCCUGCCCUUCCUGUCCUUGACCUUUUCUCUGCUCCUCGUCUCCAUACUCCUCUUGCCCGUCUGCGAGUCUCGCAGGGGUGGAGGUCCAGGGACAGGGCCUGGAGGUGCCCCAGGGGGACAAGGUGGCCAGAGGGGAGGUGGCACCCAGAGGGGUGUGGUCAUCCCUCCUCAGUACUCUCCUGGUUUACCGCCUCUUCCCCCAAUCAGUCCCAAACUGAUCAACACACUCAGUAUUGCUGUCAUCCUGGUGGGCAACUCUAGUGAAGUAGCCCUGGGGGUUGGACUUGAGAAAGAGGACUUCCUCCACAUCCCUUACCCUCCAAAAGUCGAGGUGGUCACUAUGAACGAGACCGACCCUAAGAGUAUCAUCAAUCGAAUCUGCGCACAAAUGACAAGGAAUUCUCUGCAAGGCGUAGUGUUCGGUGACGAUACAGACCAGGAGGCCAUCGCUCAGAUACUGGACUUCAUCUCUGCCCAGACACACAUCCCCAUCCUGGGCAUCAGGGGAGGUUCCUCCAUGGUCAUGGCUGCCAAGGACGACCACUCCAUGUUUUUCCAGUUUGGUCCGUCCAUUGAGCAACAGGCCUCUGUCAUGUUGAACAUCAUGGAGGAGUAUGACUGGUACAUCUUCUCCAUAGUCACCACGUACUACCCUGGCUACCAGGACUUUGUCAACAAGAUCCGCAGUACCAUCGACAACAGCUUUGUGGGAUGGGAGCUAGAAGAGGUCCUCCUACUGGACAUGUCGGUGGAUGACGGAGACUCCAAGAUUCAGAAUCAGCUGAAGAAACUGCAGAGUCCUGUUAUUCUGCUCUACUGCACAAAGGAGGAGGCUACCACUAUCUUCGAGGUGGCCCAUUCUGUGGGCCUCACAGGUUAUGGUUUCACCUGGAUCGUGCCCUCUUUGGUGGCUGGAGAUGCAGACCAUGUUCCCUCUGUCUUCCCUACAGGGCUUAUCUCCGUGUCAUAUGACGAAUGGGACUACAACAUCGAGGCCAGGGUACGUGAUGCAGUGGCUGUCAUUGCCACAGCGACCUCCACCAUGAUGCUGGACCGGGGGCCACACACCCUGCUGAAGACAAGCUGUCUCGGGACACCUGACAAAAAGAGCUCCAACACUGGCCACUCCAAGGAAAUACUGAAGUACCUCAUGAAUGUGACGUUUGAAGGCCGAAACCUGUCAUUUAGCGAGGAGGGUCACCAGAUGUUUCCCAAACUGGUCGUCAUUCUUCUAGACAACGAGAGACAGUGGGACAGGGUUGGCAAGUGGGAGAGAGGCUCUUUGACGAUGAGGUACCACGUGUGGCCCCGCUUUGAGCUCUACUCAGGAGCGGAGGAGCGGGAGGACCACCUGUCCAUCGUGACUCUGGAGGAGGCGCCAUUUGUCAUUGUGGAGGACGUGGACCCGCUCAGUGGGACCUGCAUGAGGAACACUGUGCCGUGCCGCAAACAGCUCAAACUCAACAAUCAGACAGGUGAUUCAGGGAUUUACAUCAAGCGCUGCUGCAAAGGUUUCUGUAUUGACAUCCUGAAGAAGAUCGCCAAGGCCGUGAAGUUCACUUACGACCUCUACCUGGUCACCAACGGCAAACACGGCAAAAAGGUUAAUGGGACGUGGAACGGCAUGGUUGGAGAGGUGGUGUUAAAGAAUGCCCACAUGGCAGUGGGUUCCCUCACCAUUAACGAGGAGAGGUCAGAGGUCAUUGACUUCUCUGUGCCCUUCAUUGAGACGGGGAUCAGUGUCAUGGUCUCCCGUAGCAAUGGAACCGUCUCCCCCUCCGCCUUUCUUGAACCUUUCAGUGCUGAUGUCUGGGUGAUGAUGUUUGUGAUGUUGCUGAUCGUGUCGGCCGUGGCUGUGUUUGUGUUUGAGUACUUCAGCCCGGUGGGUUACAAUCGCUGUCUGGCAGAUGGGCGAGAGCCCGGCGGUCCCUCCUUCACCAUUGGUAAGGCCGUCUGGCUGCUUUGGGGUCUGGUUUUCAACAACUCCGUCCCUGUGCAGAAUCCCAAAGGUACCACCAGUAAGAUCAUGGUGUCAGUGUGGGCCUUCUUCGCUGUCAUCUUCCUGGCUUCCUACACUGCCAACCUGGCUGCCUUCAUGAUCCAGGAGGAGUAUGUCGACCAGGUGUCGGGCCUGUCAGACAAAAAGUUCCAGAAGCCUAACGAAUUCUCGCCGCCAUUCCGGUUUGGCACGGUGCCCAAUGGGAGUACAGAGCGCAACAUCCGCAACAACUACCGGGACAUGCAUACUUACAUGACCAGCUUCCACCAGAAGAAUGUAGAUGAAGCGCUGCACAGUCUGAAGACCGGCAAACUAGAUGCCUUCAUCUACGACGCUGCAGUGCUGAACUAUAUGGCCGGCAGAGACGAGGGCUGUAAGCUGGUCACCAUCGGAAGCGGCAAGGUGUUCGCCUCCACCGGUUACGGCAUCGCCAUCCAGAAAGACUCGGGCUGGAAACGAGCUGUGGAUCUGGCCAUCCUCAUGCUGUUUGGAGAUGGUGACAUGGAGGAGUUUGAGGCCCUGUGGCUGACGGGCAUCUGCCACAAUGAGAAGAACGAGGUGAUGAGCAGUCAGCUGGAUGUGGACAACAUGGCGGGGGUCUUCUACAUGCUCGGGGCUGCCAUGAUUCUGUCAUUACUCACAUUCAUCUGUGAACAUUUGUUCUACUGGCAGCUGCGCUUCUGCUUCAUGGGCGUGUGCUCCGGACAGCCUGGGUUCACCUUCUCCAUUAGCAGAGGUAUCUACAGCUGCAUCCAUGGGGUACAAAUCGAGGAAAACAAGUCAACCAUAGACUCACCCUCGGCCACCAUGAAGAAGAACAUGAACAACACCCACUCCAACAUCCUGCGGUUGCUCCGCACUGCCAAGGAUAUGACCGCCGUCCCUGGCAUUAACGGCUCUCCGCAUGCCGCUCUGGAGUAUAGCCACAGCGGUCGCGACUCGGCUAUCUAUGAUAUCCAGGAGCAUCGGCGCAGCUUGGUGGGUCACCCUGUAGACUGCAAGCCAGCGCCACCCUACCUACCAGAGGACAACAUGUUCAGUGACUACAUAAGCGAGGUGGAGAGGACUUUUGGCAACUUGCCCCUGAAGGACAGCAACCUGUACCAGGACCAUUACCUGCACCACCACCCGGCCUCGGCUCUGGGUAUGUCCGGCCCCCCGCCUAAUAGGCCGCGUAGCUUAGGCAGUGCUAGCUCGUUGGAGGGGGGCAUGUUCGAUUGCGACAGUUUAGGGGGAGGGGUAGCGCCCAUCUUUACCACCCAGCCCCGCCCCUCCAUGACUCACAGGAAUACCAAUAAAUUUGACCUGAUCGCCGGCCACACCCCUGCGGAUUCCAACCAGGGUGGGUUCAAGGGAAGCAAUGUGUACGGGAGGUUUUCUUUCAAAGGAGGCGCCUCCAGCACGGGGUUCAUCGGGGGUCACGACAGGUACUGUGGUGGGGGUGGGGGAGGCUCGGGGGGUGAUGAUGGGAACAUUCGCUCUGAUGUUUCGGAUAUCUCCACGCACACUGUCACCUAUGGCAACCUGGAGGGCAACAACAAGCGGCGUAAGCAGUACAGGGACAGCCUGAAAAAGAGGCCAGCCUCGGCCAAGUGCAGACGGGAGCAGGACGAGAUAGAGCUGAGCGGCUUGAGGAGGAGAGCCCACCACCACACCGUCCACCACCACUUCCCCCACGGGCCUCAGGCACACCGCACGGUCUCACCUCCCCUGGAGCGGAAGAGGGGAGGAGGAGGGGGUAAUUCUUCACCUUACUUGUUCCGCAAAGACAAAGAGAACCUGAGGGAUUUCUAUGCGGACCAGUUCCGCUCCAAGGAGGGCAAGGCCAAGUGGGAGCAAGAGGGUGGAAGUGGAGGAAGUGGUGUGGGCGGUGGUAGCGGUGGUGGUAUCUGUAAAAGCUUAGUACCUGUAGAAGACUUCCUCAAAGGUAAAGGCAAGACACUGGAGUGUAAAGGUGGGCUUGGCUCAGUGUCGGCAGGGCAGCAGGCCCACACCUGCUGGGAGAAGGGGGUUUCUGGGAUAGGAGGAGGGGGCAUAGCAGGGGGUGACUGGGAGUGUCGUAACUGUCACAGUGUGUGUCACCACGGUGGUGGCGGCACGUGCCCAACUAGCGGAGUUGGGGGUAGCAGCAGUCGCCCCAGCUCCGCUAGCUGCAAACGCUGUGACUCCUGUAAGAUCCAGCCAAGCAACCUUUACAACAUCAGCGAGGAUAAUAACAUGGUGUUCGCUGGAGGGAAGAGUAGCAUAGGACCCAACCAAACACAAACUCAGGCACAGCGCAGGAAGCUAGGGCCAGGUGGGAGGGUGUUACGGAGGCAACACUCCUAUGACACAUUUGUGGACCUGCAGAGGGAGGGGGCAGGCCGCAUGGGAGGGGUUGGCGGGGGUGUUGGGGGGCAGUUUCCCCAGCCCCGAAGUGUGAGCUUGAAAGACAAAGACCGCUUCAUGGAGGGCCCCAGCCCUUACGCUCACAUGUUUGAGAGGUAUGCAGGUGAAAGAGAGUCUUCCAUGUUCGGUGGAAUAGGCGGGGAUAGGGCAAAAGGUGGUUCCUCCUUCACUUUGUUCCGUGGAGGUGAAGGUGGGUUGCAUCAGCGGUCUGUGGGGGAGAGAGACCUGAGGGACAGAGAUAGAGCUAUGAUGGGAGGUGGGGGCUGUGGUGGUGGUGGUGGUGGUGGUGGCAGAGGGGCCGGGACUUACUCCUUGUCUAAAUCUCUCUACCCAGAUAAGGUGAACCAGAACCCCUUCAUCCCAACCUUCGACGACGACCAGUGUCUAUUACACGGUGCCAAACCGUACUACAUCAAAAAGCCACAGACGCAGCAACAGCAGCAGCAGCAGCAACUUCUCAACAACAGUCGAGGAGGAGGGGACUUCCGCGGCUCCAUUGGAGUGACUUCCUAUUUACCUGCAUCCGCCACAGCUGGGGUGAUGUCCAAUGUGGCCCCCCGUUUCCCCAAAGAUCUGUGUGUGGGCGGGGUGGGAGGGCCCAUGGGGAACCACCACGGGGCCAGCAAGCUACUGCCUGUGGGCAGGGACACGUUAGGUUUGGGGCAGGGACAGAGACCCUUCAACGGUGCCAGCAAUGGGCACGUUUAUGAAAAGCUCUCCAGCAUUGAGUCAGAUGUCUGAGGGUAAAGAUGGAGGAAGGAAGAGAGAGAGAGAGAGAAGAUGAAGUGGGUGAAGAAAAGAGGGGGACAGAGAGAAAACAUACAGAGGAAAAAAGAGAGAAACAGCACAGGCUGAUGACCUCUCUGUGGAAGAAAAUGAGGAGACACGAUUCUGUGUGUUGUUCUCACUCCACUAAAUGGAAAGAAUUUGGACGAUGCACAGAGGCCACUGCAGGCUAAGCUGUGGUGAAGUCCGGCGGGAGACAAGUUUUUAAUGAGAAGAGAGGAUUCUGGUGCUGCUCCGACGCUCAGAGAAAGAUAGGGAUGGA